CCCUCCCAGGUAAGUGACUAAACUUUCCGGGUCACGUGAGCGGGCGGAGCUGGAAGAGUCCGACCGAGCACUGACCGACGCACUGAGGGUUCGAGAGAGGGACCGGGACCAGGAACUUGAGUGAGGUUGAAGACGCUCGGGCCAGGUGCGGGGUCGAAGGUAUCCCCGGCCGGAGAUGCGGUAGGAGUGGUGUGCGCGACAAGCCCCGUCCCUGGUGCCACCAGCUCGUUGCCCGGCCCAUGGCGAGCCCCGGUCUGGGGCUGCUCCUGGCGCUCGGCCUGCCGCUGCUGCUGGCCCGCUGGGGCCGGGUCUGGGGGCAAACAUCAAUCUCCCCUGCAAAUGCGAGCAGCUCCUUUAUACCCUCUGCCGCCGGCACUGGCUCCAAUGGGGGCCUGUCUCAGGAGGCCAUCACUGCCAUCAUUGUGGUCUUCUCCCUCCUGGCCGCCCUGCUCCUGGCUGUGGGCCUGGCACUACUGGUGCGGAAGCUUCGGGAGAAGCGGCAGACAGAGGGCACCUACCGGCCCAGCAGCGAGGAGCAGUUCUCCCACGCAGCUGAGGCCCGGGCUCCCCAGGACUCCAAGGAGACGGUGCGGGGCUGCCUGCCCAUCUAGGUCCCCUUCCUCUAUCCAUCACCCUUCCUGGCUGUGUUACCUUGGGGGAAGGCAGAGUCCUUUCUGGGCAAUCAAACCCGGCCAGUGCUUAAGAAUAGAAGGGAAGAAGGUGCUUCAAAGACUCUGCCCUUGAAGGCAAGGGAGAGUGAAGUGGCUUACUUUUUAUAUAUCUCUCUAUGUAUAAUGGGGAGUGCGAUAUAUAUAAUUAAACCUUUUGGAGGGCUGGUGGGGACAGGUAUUAGCCUAGGUGAAGGAGACACAUGCAGGGUGCAGAGGCUGUUGAGAGAUGAAUUGUAAGGUCUGGAGGAACUUAGGGGCUGGGAGGGCUUCCUGGAAGGGAGGAGGGGCUUUUAGCUGCACCCAAGA